UGGCCGCCCGAAAGUCCGGAAUGUUACUGGCUGGAUUGGCGGUCUCAGCAGCAACGGGAUCAACGUCCAGAAACCUGCAGUUGGGGUGAUUUGACUCUGACAAGUUCAGCUGUCGCGUCGAUUGGGCAUCUACUCGACUCGGACAGCGUCAGAACGAGCAGGAAGAGGAGGAGGAAGAGCAUCUGCGACGGAAGCAGCAGGCUCAGGAACAGUUUGUUCUGCCAGAAGUCGAAGAGAUGCGUCAGAAAGAGCUUCCCAUGCAGCGUCAGCGGCUGGUCACAUUCUCCUCGUCAUCGUCGUCGCGUCGUAUCACAAUGGCCUAACACCAAUCAUGGGCGUUCGAACUUUCCUCCAUCCUCGCUCAGACGAUAUGCAUGGAUGUCAGGAACAACAUCAGCGGAACGGUGACCGCUACGGCUGGCGAUUGGCGGCGGGGCAUUUCGACUCCCAUGGCACCCCGAAUGUCGUGAUGCGUGUGCUGGCGGCGGAGGAUCCGAAGCUGCGAGAGCAUUGGCAGAUGCACAUGUCGAAGGUCGGGUCGUAGCGACAUCAGAUAGAUGGUCCUUCUUCACGUUCGAUCUGGAGCGCGCCACUUCUCAGAGAAAUGGGUUACCCAUGGAAUGAGACCGGCUCUUCACGAACGCUUUUCGUUUGAAUGGCUUGAAGAAACGCGCGUGGUCAGCUUGACCUAUACUCGAUGCAGCCCGUGUAUCUUCGACACUCACGUCAAUUCGACUGGACGACGUGAUGCACUAAAGCAAUCGACACCAGGAACUCUACUGCCCAUUGGCACUUUCCACAACCUCGCGUUGUUCCCCGUUAUCCUGUGCUUUCGUGCAUUGGC